CAGAACAUUCAGAAAGUAUCGCUUGAACACUAACAAACACCAAUUAUAUAACUGCCUUUCUACUAAAAUGAAGUUAUUUGCCACCACACUCGUCCUCGCCAGCGCUUCGGCUGUUGCCAUGGCUGGUUCCUCCGGAACCAGCAGUUUCAAGUUGUGUAAGAAGUGGAUCAAAGAUAAUGAAUGUCCAGUAGGUUUUAAAUACAACGAAAUAGCUAAGGAUGUCCGAAUCAAGCCCCAUGGAGUUUCUUGGUCAACAUUUGACCCGAUGGUUUUGUGUUGCACACCCGAUCAGUGCCAUGACAUGAUUCCGUGCGGGUCACCAUGUGAGAAUGGAUAUAAGACUGGCCACGAUGGAUGUGAACUUCCGGAGUGUCGACCCAAAUCAUGCCCUGCAGCUAAGCCCCAGAUGGAAUUUGAGAUGUACUGCCAGUGGGGAUUCACACUGGUUGAAGAUGGAUGUGAGAUUGCUGAGUGUCGUGAGGAGCCGAAGUCCGAAUGGCUAACAUGUAAGGACAACAACCAGGAUGUGUGCAAGGACAAGUAUAACAAGAAAGUCAAGAACAACAGAAAAUGCCAGCGCUGGUUCAACAACAGUCAUCGCAAUAUGAAGUGUGCGUCCCACUUCUGUUGCAAAGACUAAUAGUUUAUUGUCUCUUAAAUAGUGCUGUUAAUGACGCGGAAGGAGCGCAAAAGCGAUGCUGAAUAAACAUUAAGGUUCUAUUUGA